AUGUCGCGUAUACCAACACGCGAACUCGGGCGAUACCUGCUCCAGGGCCAGAUAUGCCAGAGAGGCUGCGUGGCGUCGUCGGUGUCCAAAAGCAGAGCCAAGCAACUGAGUCGCCAUCAUCAACUGCCACAUGACCGAUACCAGCCAACGCAGGCCAGACACGCACACACUGUAGCAACCACGGCGACAGCCGCCCAGCUCGCACCAUCUGUUCCGUUGCGCAAGAAGCUCAAGGACGAAGCGAAACAACUGAAGAAGGAUGCCAAGAAAGACAGCCGCAAGGGCUCCAAUCAGACGGUUGAUGGCUGGGAGCUGACCGUCGGCAUUGAAAUUCAUGCGCAACUUAACACGGCCCGGAAGCUUUUUUCGCCAGCCGCCACCUCCUUCAAUGACGCCCCGAACUCGCACGUCGCGCUCUUUGAUCUGUCAAUGCCUGGCAGCCAGCCCAUCCUACAGAAGGAGACUCUGAUCCCAGCGUUACGGGCUGCCCUCGCGCUGAACUGCGACAUACAGCCUAUCAGUCGGUUCGACAGGAAACACUAUUUCUGGUGGGACCAACCGUCUGGCUACCAGAUUACACAAUACUACGAGCCUUUCGCCAGAAAUGGACAGAUCACGCUGUUCGCCCGCGAUGGCAUCGCCCCUGAAGAUGGAGAGAGCGUCACGAUCGGUAUCCAGCAGGUCCAGAUGGAGCAAGACACCGCCAAGACUCUGGCGCAACCUGGCGACACACAUUGGCUCGAUUUCAACCGCGUAGGAGUACCCUUGAUUGAGAUUAUAACAAAGCCGGAGCUUCAUCACCCUCGCACGGCUGCCGUUUUUGUUCGCAAGAUGCAAACUCUUCUCAACGCAGUGGAUGCCUGUGUGUCCGGCAUGGAGACGGGCGGCCUGCGAGCUGACGUCAAUGUUUCUGUCAGGAGAACAAGCGACGCAUCUGCGCCACUUGGAACCCGCACUGAAAUCAAAAACCUGAGCACCAUCAAGGCUGUUGAGGACGCUAUCAUUGCCGAGCGAGAUCGUCAGAUCCAGGAGCUUGAGGCUGGCGGGACCAUCGCAGGCGAGACACGAGGCUGGACUUUAGGAACGAAGCAAACCCGCCGCUUGCGCGGCAAGGAGGGCGAGGUGGACUAUCGGUACAUGCCGGAUCCAGACCUGGGCCCUCUGAUCAUUGCAGAUGAUCUGGUUGAUCACAUCAGAAAGUCAGUUGCUUAUUUGCCGGACCAUGAGCUGUCUGAACUCGUCGAAGUUUACGGCCUCACGGCGAAGGAUGCACUUUCCCUCCCGUCUCUCGACAAUGGCGGCCGGAUCGAGUACUUUUAUAACGUCGUCGAAAGUUUUGGAGCUCUGCUGCAGCAGGCCACAGAGGGUGGACAGGAUGUCAGAGCGUAUGCUCCUCUGGCAGCCAACUGGAUUCUCCACGAAUUCGGGCGUCUUGUGGACGAUGUUUCCGACAAUGAAAGCACGCCAUUCGAGGUCGGCCCUGACGGACAAUGUGACCGCGUUCCAGUCGAGUCUCUCGCAGAGCUUCUCUUCCACCUGCAGCAGAAGAAGAUUACCGGCAAGGUUGCCAAAGAACUUCUCACGGCAUUGCAUCAAGGGAACCUCGCCGAUGCAGAGAACAUGACGGCCGCUAUUGAUGCCCAUGACCUGUGGUUCCAUGAGCUCUCGACCGAAGAGUAUCAAGAGCUGGCCGAAUUGGCGGUCGAAGGAGAGGAUAAGGUCCUGCGCGAAUUCAGAGAGAAGAAGGUUUACCCGCAGGGUAAGCUGAUGUAUCUCGUGGGCAAGAUGCUUCGCCUAGGCGCCACCGAAAGGAUCGAUCCGUCGAAUGCGGAGAAAUUCAUGCGGGCUAAAGUCGAGGAGCUCCUUUGA